UUGGGUGAUACUGCAUGGCAUUUGUUCCCAAUUAAAAAAAAAGUGAUUUUUAAAAGAAAGGUCGAUGAGUACCUUCCUACUUCAUCUACCUUACUAUCAUCUUGGACUCAAAACUCAUGUCUUGGGCCUGAGUCAAGAGGACUUGAAGCUGGAGCUCAUCUCCUAUUGGAGCAGUUCAGCCUCUCAUCGUGCCAGAAUCGCCCUCAAUCUCAAAGGACUGGAAUAUGAUUACAUAGCUGUGAACCUUUCAAAGAAUGAGCAGUCAUGUCCAGAGUUUGAGAAGGUAAAUCCAACCAAAUAUGUUCCUGCAUUGGUGGAUGGCGAUUUUGCACUUGCUGAUUCUUUUGCUAUAAUUCUGUAUUUGGAGGACAAGUACCCUGAACAUCCAUUGCUACCUCAAGAUCUUCAGAAGAGAGCUCUAAAUAUCAAGGUAUGA